AGUUCACUAUGGGAUAGAUCUAGUAAGUGGGUUUUGUAUGAAUUAAAAACAGACUGAUUUAGUGGCGUUCAAUUGGAAAAGUAAUUAUAUUAGUCUUUAUCCAAUUAAACAGCCAUUUCCGGCUCCAGACGAUGUAACCUUUGGACUGGUGCUACAAUGGUCUGAUGAAGGAUUUAAGAUGCGGAAUGAAAAAUACAUAUUACAGAGACAGAUAGUAACCAUAUUGUUGGUUACAAACUUGUGUCUUACUUCCGUGUUAGGGAAUUUACCACUUGUUAAGAGGAAUAGGGUAGCCAAAGAGGAUGUUAGUAGAGCAUCACAGCUGCAGGGAAACAUACAGUAUGGGAACCAGAUUGGUAACCUCCUUGGAAGGCCUGGUGAAGGGUACUACUUGGAAGUAGAAAUUGGUACACCCCCACAAAAGUUUAAUGUAUUGAUUGAUACUGGAAGCAGUAAUUUGGCUGUAGCUUGUAAACCAACAAUAGAAAUCUCAACACAUUUCCAGACAGACAAAUCUUCAACAUACAAGGGGUCUGGUAGGAGUGUUACAGUACCUUAUACUUUGGGUAGCUGGAAUGGCAACCUUGGAGAAGAUGUUAUAACCAUCUCUACCAUCCCAGAUGUAAGCGUAACAGCAAAUAUUGCAUGUAUUGACAAAGCUGAGCAUUUCUUCAUGAAUGACUCAAACUGGCAAGGCAUUUUGGGUCUUGGUUAUGCAGAUAUUGCUCGGCCUGACAGUUCUGUGGAACCUCUGUUUGACACCAUGGUACGCCUUGGACAGUCAAAAAACAUUUUCAGCGUUCAGCUGUGUGGACUAGGGUAUUUCUCACCAAAUCCAAAUAAUACUGUUGGUGGAUCUUUGAUACUUGGUGGCACAGCACCAGAACCAUAUAAUGGAGAAUUGUUUCCAACCCCUAUAUACAAGGAAUGGUACUAUGAAGUUGUCAUUGUUGACAUAGAGGUGGCUGAUAAAAGCUUGGAUAUGGACUGUAAAGAGUAUAACUUUGGGAAAACAAUUGUAGAUACUGGUACAACAAAUCUUCGUCUUCCAUACCGGGUAUUCAAUAAAAUUGUUCAACAUAUUGUACAGGAAUUACAGUUAAAUCCAGAGGUUGUACCACCAAAUGCUGGAUUUUGGUCAGGGGAGGAAGUACUAUGCUGGAAAGAGGGUCAAGUACCAUAUGGGGUGUUCCCUACCGUGUCUUUAGUACUGCCUGCAAAUGCCACAGCAAGCUUCAAGCUGGUUAUUUCACCUCAGCAAUAUCUUAGACCUGUUGGUGAGGAAAAUGAUAAUUCUCCUGAAAAUGAUUGCUUCAAAUUUGGAAUUUCGAGUCUAGAUUCAGGUAGUGUAAUAGGUGCUAUAGUAAUGGAGGGAUUCUAUGUUGUGUUUGAUAGAGAAAAUAAAGAAGUGAAGUUUGCCAAUUCUACCUGCAGACCUUUAGAUCCAGAUACUGUCAGGUCACAUAUACAAGGAUACAUGAAAUAUACAGGUGACUACAAUGACUGUGCAUACAAGAAGGUGGAAACUGACAAUAAAACAUUGACAAUAGUUGGCUAUGUGUUGGCAGGUAUCUGUGGAGUCUGUAUUUUACCCCUGUUUGUCCUCUUGUUGCAAUGGCAGUGCAGGAAAUGCCCAUGUCGAAAACUGAAAAGGUCCAACUCUGACUUUAAAGAUCUCAUGGAAGGUAGCAGUUGAUGGAUGCCUUGCAGCAGACGACAUUCAAAAAGAAGGCUGAACAUUUUAUACAAACAUUUGGCUCACAUUUUUUUCAUGUUUAGGUCAUGAAGUUUGGGAUAAGGGUUUUCGAAACAUGUUAUACAAUUUUUGAGGCUAUGCCUCCUGGAAUUUCAUUGGUUGACUUUUAAAGUAGUUGUUAGGUUUAUCCAAUCAGAUUUAUUGAUGCAGUUUAGACAUCAGAUAUUGGAUUGGUUGAAAUUUAGAAUGGUGUUUGCUUAUAAGAGGUUUGUAGAUUUUUAAUGGUCACGGCCACUUCGAUUUUCAGUAUUUAUUUAAGCAUUAACCUUUACCCAGCUAAAUUUCUAAAAUGGACUUGUCCAUCAUUCAAUUUGGGCAGUACCACUUAUUAUCUAAACGGGUGUUCACUGAAAAAUUACUGACUAAAUAGCGAACAGUGCAGACCUUGAUCAGCCUGCAUGGACAUACAGGCUGAUCAUGGACUGCACUGGUCGCAAAGGUAGAACCACUUGCCACCAGCAGGCUGAAGGUUAACUUUAAAUAGAUUUUAGAUAAACAUAUUUAUCUGCCAAAGUGGUGUAUCUUUGCUGUAUUAAUGACUGAAACUUAAGUGAAGUGAGGUUCAUGAAAUUAAGCAUUUGUUUAUCAUUAAGAUUUGGAUCACAAUUGAAAUGUUAUAUGCUUUUUACGCCCUGGCAUCUACUGAUGCGGGAGGCAUAUAGUGAUUGUCCUGUCUGUUGGUUCGUCCAUCCGUCCGUACGAGGUUAACCAAAUGGAACUGUUACGUAUAGCAUCAAUACCCCUAACUAGAAUGACUUGAUACUAAUGCAGAUGUAACCUGUGACCAUUCCUCAUCUUCAGACAUCACCUGACCUCAGUUUGACCUUGACCUUGAACUUGACCUCGUUUUGGACUUGGGUUACUUUGUAUCAACAAGGAUGCCACUGGGGGCAUCAAGCGUUUAUUGAACGCAGCUACUUGUUUUUUUUUUCAAAUUUGACUUAUGUAAACAAACUAUGCCAUAUUGUUUAAAGUAUGCAGUUAUAUAUGUUAUAUAAUAACUAUAAAGCAAUAAUGAUACAGUCUGGCUUUAUUGACUUAAAUGUGAUGGUUAGGAUUCAAGAUGGUUCACUUUUGGCUAAUUGCAUAGCAUGUGACUAAUAAAUUUAAAGCAGUUGUGAAUAUUAACCAAAGGUAAACGUUCCUUAUUUUAAAAUGACAGUUGACAGAAGUUGCAACAUUGAAUGGAUUAAGCAACUUAUUUCUAACAUGUUCUAGUUGAGCACAUGGCAGAAGUCAUAUUGCCACCUCAGAAUCCAGUCUAGGCUGAUACUUAAGGAAACAUGAUUGGGAAUCGAAUCCUGAUUGCUGGUGUUGUAGUCCAAGCUAACAGACCACCGUGCUACUGCCUUGAACCAGCAUAGUAUUAGUAAUUAAGGCUGUUAGCUGUAACAUUGUCAAACAAAAGAUAUUCUGUACCCAAUCUACAAUGUCACAUUUAAGUAUGAUAUACUAGCAAAUGUAUAUUAUAUCCACCAGCUUAAAAUAUUGGGGAAAAAGUCAUGAGUUUGAUAUCAAAUAUGUCUUGAUAUUCAGAAAUAGUGGAAACGUGCUAUUCAGUUAUAUACAGUUGAAUCUCUGUAUUUCAAUUUCCAAGGGAUGAAGCAUUUUACUUUGAAAUAACCAAAAUUUUACUUAAAAUGAUAUUUUGUUACAUGUUUUUUGGGACGGGACUUGAAAAUGUCAAGAUAAUUGUAAUUUUGAGAUAAGCAAGUUCGAGAUAUUGAGUUUCAACUAUAUGUAAAAAACAAUGAUAGGGCUAAUAGUGUGAGAAAGAAGAGAUACCCCAGUAUAUUGAGCCACCUGCUUGGAAGUGAUGUAUAGGUACAUUGUACUUUGAUCUUUGCUCUGUGGUGAAUUCUAAGUACAUUUAAGCUACAUUUUAUGGACAAGUAACUGCCAUUGCAACAACCUAUUUAGAUGCAUACAUUUAUGCUGAAACAUUUUCAAGCAGGUGUCUUAAGAGCCCACAAUAUCCAUAUUAAAAAAAACAACUCCAGUUUUAGUAGGUUCUGUCUCUGCUUUGGAGUACCAUUCACUUUGCUAUUCAACAACUCUGCUAACCAUUUAUAUACCUUAGGUUCAGUUGCCAUUACUUACAGGACAGUGGAUUUAUAACUAUUGAUCAGAACAGUGGAUUUAUACUAGAUAUUGAUAAGCUUAGAUUUAUACUGGAUUUUGUAAAUGUAAUAUCAUUUAAACCAUGCCAUUUCAGUAAAGCCAGACUUUAUUUUGAUGUAUUAUGCAGAAUUAAAGAAACACUUUUAUUGUUACCUUUACUAUAUUUUUGAAUUUUUAAAUUGUUCAUGUAUUUAUUGUAUUACAGUGUACAGUCCUUUAUAUUUCCUUAUUGGUUUUAGUAUUCAGAUCUCGCCAGACGAGGAAGAAAUAUAUUUAAUUCUGUGUGUACUCCAAUAGUGUAAAAAGUUUUCCUGUGGUUUGUAGUCAUUCAUACCCAGUUAAUAUGUUUGUUUGUCUGUCUGUAUGUCACAAAAUAUUUCAUUUUAUUUUUGAAAAGCAUUUGAAGAGUUUAUAUAAGCUACUGUUUUGUUUGAGUUCUUCUGUCGAAGGGUUUUUUAUCCUCAAGAAACUGUUGAUAGUACAAAUGUAUACAUCAUUCUAAAGGCCUUAGAAUUAAGUAUUUUGAUUUUUAGUCUUACAAUUAUCAUAAAAGAUCUAUUUUAUAUGGAACAAGUUUUGUUAGACACCAUUAAAAUUUAAAACUGGCAACUGACUUGAUUGAUUGAGGGAUUUUUAGUUUUGCGGUAACUUUUUCUAACCAUAAAAGCUACAUUUUGGAUCAGUAAUGUUUUAACAUUUAUAGAAAAAAUCGAAACUUUGCAUUGCCUCAAAAGUUACAUUUUAUAUAUAUAAAAGUAAAUAUGAUACAUGAUAUUUUUUAAUUCAUAAGGUUCUACUACCAGCCCAAGACAUUUAGUGUAAUCUAAUAUGAACUUAGGUGCUACCUAGAAGGCAGAACUCCCUUGAAAAAUCACCAGUGCCCCUUGAAAAUUAAAGGAGUGUUGCUGGAAUGAUCUGGAAUUAUGGAUCCGUUUUAGGAAGUUUAUGUUCUUUAACAUCUAUUAAAAUUUUCAUGAAUAAAUGAUAAUUCAUGAUUUCUGAAUGAAUGUCUUAGAAUGCAUUAAGAUUAAAUCUUGACAUGCGAAAACUCAACAAAUAUGCUAUAUACGAACUAAAGAAAGUUGCAGUUCUUUUUAGAAAGAAGAAUGUGUCCAACUUAAAGGCAAAAUCCUGCUACGAUAGACCUCUGGUAUGGGAGAAUGAAAGUCAUUUACAUGUACAAAGCUUGUUUAAAAACCAAAAGACUAGCCAUCUUUAAAAGUUAAUGAUGAGAAUUUUUCCCAGAGAAAAUCACUUUUUUGCCGAAAUUCUCAAAAACUUCGGUUUUAUUUACUGAACUGCGAAGUUAACAGUCUAUGACAUUUUUAUGGUUAAUGUUUUAGCACAACUGAUAUAGAAUAGGAAUGGUAGUUACUAGUAGGAGCCUUUUUGAUGUUUAUUGAUAAUUCAUAGUCAGUAGUUUUUUUCUUAGUAAUAAACUCUGGUCAGUGAUUUUUAAGCUUGUGGAUGAAAUAUAUAUUAACAGGGAGAAGAGCAUUUUGUGCUUUUCACAGUUCAAUGCCUGUAAAUUUUGAUCCAAAAACCUUUCUUUAAAAAAAAAGUUUUAUCUACUGACUACUGUACAGACAGUACUACAUUGGAACCCGACAUUAACAAAAACACUUGUUAAAUUUCACAUGAAUGACAUUAUUUUUUUACAAUACUUUCAAAACCCAUAAAUAAAAAAAAGAAAAAAAAACUGAAAUAAAAAAGAAUUUAAAAAAAAAAAAAAGACGCUUCUGGUGAGGAUCGAACUCCCGACCUUUGGACUUCAAUGCGACCUCGCUAACCACUGCACCAAUGUGGAAGUAUGGCGUCAUCAAUACAAAUAUAAGUAUAUAUAAUAAAUUUCAGUUGUGGCAGCGUGAAGAAAAUCGUUUCACAUUGAAAAUAUUGUAUUUUACCUUUUUUUCUUCGUAGAAGAUGUAUUUAGCACUAAAUUCUUAUUAUCAGGCGCUCAUUUACAUUUUUAUUCAACGUUCAAAGCAGUAAGCAAAACGCUUUGUCAGCCGUAAACAGCAAGCGUCUGUUGACGUCUAACUGAUUAAUUACUAUGAGCAUUGCGUACUGGAAGAAACCCGAACAACACCGAUUCCAAAAACUUACCACGAUUUUUCAACUCGAUAGUAAUUCAACACACAGUUUUAUUCAUUUUCUUUUUCACACGUCUAACUGUAAUGCGACCCUGAUAUAUACUGAACUGCUUUAAAAAUGCAACACUUUUUGACAUUCAGCUAAAAAAUUCUGUGAACAUUUGAAGCAAUAUUUUUACAUCAGAAUAAACAUAUUAAGCCAAUUUCGUCUUAUUUUUGUUGUUUAUUUAAUAUUGAAAUCACUCAUGCAUGAAACCGGAGUAAAUGAUUUAAGGUUCAUAUAAAGUCUUGAAUAAAUUUGAUGUGACAUAUAUGAGGUCCAUUAAGACGAAAAUUUCAUUUGUGUCCAGUGUUGCUCCUAAAAAAAAUUGUCUUUAAAAGAUUUUGACAAGGGUGAUUUCGACUUUUUUACAUGUCAAGGCACAUAGUGGGUAUUAAUAAAAACACCAAAAGAAAUUUCAUAGUACUAAGUUUUUUAGGGUUGAUUUCAUUAGAUCAUCUGAAGUUUAACACUAAACAACAUAUAAUUGUGAAUUAUUUCAAAGUAUUGAAUUUUAGCCUUAUUGUUGAAACUGGUAUGGAAACAAACUUGAGGAGAGCUCUUAAGUUUACACCUGAUGUUCAUAAGGCAAUGAAGAAUACAAUAAGACUCAAUUUGCUGAAAAGAAUUUGCUCACUUGAUCAACAUAUCGGAUGAGUUUUCUUAUUUUUAGAAUUUUGUGUCAUUUUGUGAUUUUCAUUUUUGGAGUGUAUGUCUCAAACAGCUAACAGUUCUGCGAAUAACUACUUCCAAAUGAUGUCGUUUUUGUUAAGUGUUAGCUUUAUUUGAUGCAAUGUUCUUAGACAAUUUCAUUCAAAACAUAAGACCAAAAACAGGAGUUAUUUAGAACUAUAUACUGGUAAGUGUUGUGUAUUGAAAGCAGUUCAAGCGAUUAUUGAUAAAAAUGAUAUGAAGUUAAUAAAAUUAAAGAAAAAACAGGUUUAAUUAUCAGAAAUCAUUGUACAUGUACUACUCUUUAAAAAAGUUGUCAUUUAUGUUUUAACAAUUGUUUAUUUCUUUUCUGGCUGUAGUUGCUUGUCUUUGAGUUGUUGUAAAGUGCUUAAAAUUUUUGUGUUUUUUUUAGUAUUUAUGUACUUGAUGUGAUUUAAGUGAUAUUGUUAAAUUAUUUAUUAAUUAUUUUGUGUGAAUUUUAAUUUCAUGGUUUUUGCCAAAACAGCUGUUUAGUAGGGAUAUGAAUUCAUGGAUUUUAACUUUUGCAUGUUUUUGUCUUCAUUAUGGUUUAAGUUGGUGGAUUGAUAUAACAGUGACAUCCGUGAGAAUUAGUCCCCCAACAAUGUUGGUGGAUUGAUAUAACUGUGACAUCCGUGAGAAUUAGUCCCCCAACAAUGUUGGUGGAUUGAUAUAACUGUGACAUCCGUGAGAAUUAGUCCCCCAACAAUGUUGGUGGAUUGAUAUAACAGUGACAUCCAUGAGAAUUAGUCCCCCAACAAUGUUGGUGGAUUGAUAUAACAGUGACAUCCAUGAGAAUUAGUCCCCCAACAAUGUUGGUGGAUUGAUAUAACAGUGACAUCCGUGAGAAUUAGUCCCCCAACAAUGUUGGUGGAUUGAUAUAACAGUGGCAUCCGUGAGAAUUAGUCCCCCAACAAUAGUAUUUAUAUAGUACAGUUUUACUAUAGUUAGAGCCUUAAUUCAUGUAGUCAAAUUUUGGUGUUUGUGAAUUUUAUUUUAGGGCUACAGUUAACAGUAGCUACUUUGGUUCAUGAACAAAUUAUUUUUAUGAGACUUUGUUUGUUUCUUGUUCAGUAUGUGUGAAUGUGUUUUUCUCAAAGAUAAACAUUCCUCUAAAUUAUAACUGAGCUGUUUUGUAUGUGGAUCUGGUUAGGGUAUUGUUGAGAAUCAUCCUAUACUGUUGUGUGUGCACACCUCUCAAAGAUUGAAUUCUAUCAUCUGUUGACAUCAUCUUGCUUGCUUAUCAAACAGUUUUUAUUCUUUUAAUCUACUCUUGCAUGAUUUGGUUGAAGUUCAGGCAGUUGCCCAUUGUCUUCCUCCACCUUCACUGCUGGAAACGUGCCAUAUGACUUCAGGUUGUCUCUCUCAUUUUACUAAAGCUUGUGUAUUUACAUAGAAGGUUUUGAAAUCAUUUUUAGAAGAUGGCUUGAUGUUUCACUAUUAUAGAUAUGAAAGCCUGAUUAUGACAAAUGAUUUGUAUUUGUGUACAAUAUGGAAGGUAUUUAUCUAAUCUGGGAUACAAGUUUGUCUUGGAUCCGGUCUGUUGAUUGUCUUCUGCAUCUGUACACUUACUGACAACAUUGUUACCCAGUCAAGGACUAGAAAUAUCGAUUAAUGGAAUACUGUUGAACUUCGUUUGCUUGAACUCUGAUGAUUCAAACACCACACUUUUCUUGAACUCAUUGUCAGGUGCUGACAAAAUUGCCAUGUUGUAUAUUGUUCCGGUAGCUCGGACUACCAAUUACUCGAACAAAUUUUGCCAGUUCCAUCAAGUUGGAGCAAACGAAGGUGGACUGUAUUUCAAAGUCUUGUACAUGUUUGGAAAAAGAACACUUUUUUGAUGACUGUGUUCCAGACACUUCAGCAACAUACCCCUUUUAAUGUUUUGUUUGUGUUUUGAUAGGUUCUGUAUUACAUGAUAUGCAUCAUCAUUCAAUAAAUCUGCAUGUGUGCCAAUAUUUUCAUGUCAAGAAAAACAUUAUUAUUAUUAGCAAUAAAUCUUUAAAAAAAAGAAAA